CGCCUCGUAUAGACAAGGGGGAUGAGGAAGUGAGGACGACAAUUCGGGAUACGGGCAAGGGACAGGCACGAACCACUGAAUAUUUGCCAAGGCAACCUGGCGUGCAGUACAAAUCGUUUGAAGAGAUUAAGGCCGAAUGCGUCAGAACUGGUAAACUCUGGGAGGAUCCAGAUUUUCCGGCAGUAGCGAGUUCCAUGUUCUUCCGGAAGCCCCCAUCUGGCUGGCCCAACAUUCAGUGGAAGAGACCACACGAAAUCAGUUCAAAUCCUGAGCUGUUCGUGGCCGGCGGAAGUAGGAUGGAUGUCAUCCAGGGAGUGCUGGGAGAUUGUUGGCUAUUGGCUGCCAUAGCCUGCCUCACGACCAAUGAGCAAUUGCUUCACAAAGUAGUCCUACCCGACCAAUCAUUCAGCCAGAAUUAUGGAGGCAUUUUCCGUUUCCGGUUCUGGCAGUACGGGAGGUGGGUGGAGGUGUUCAUAGACGACCGCUUGCCCUGCCAGGGCAACAAACUCAUCUACAUGCACUCCGAAGAGAGGAAUGAAUUCUGGAGUGCACUACUCGAAAAAGCAUACGCCAAGCUAUGUGGGUCUUACGAGUCUCUGAGUGGCGGUCUGACCAGUGAAGCCCUCACUGAUUUUACAGGGGGGGUUGUGGAGAGAUAUGAGUUAAGGGACAAAGCCCCGUCUGAUCUCUUCAUGAUCAUGGAGAGAGCCUCCAGGAAAGGUGCGCUCAUGGGCUGCUCCAUCGACGCUGAAGAAAGUCAAAUGGAGGCUAAACUGACCAACGGCCUAAUCAUUGGCCACGCCUACUCAAUCACUGCGGUCAAGCAGGUGAAAGUUCGAACAUCCAAUCAGGAGGGGGCGAUACCAUUACUGAGAGUUAGGAACCCCUGGGGGGAUAGUCACGAAUGGAAGGGGGCAUGGAGCGAUGGGUCCCAGGAAUGGCAGUUGGUUCCGCAAGAUGAGAAGAGGGCCCUGGGGCUGACAUUCGAACAUGACGGAGAGUUCUGGAUGAGUUACAAAGACUUCGUUCGAAACUUCGAGAAACUUGAAAUCUGCUUUCUCGGCCCGGACAGUUUGAACGAACACGAAGAAAAGACCGGAAAGAGGAAGUGGGAGGGCAUCCUGUUUGAGGGCUCUUGGAGGAAAAGGGUCAACGCCGGGGGGUGCAGAAACUAUAUUGCUUCUUUUUGGACGAACCCACAGUACAGAGUGAACGUGGCAAUGGCCGAUGAGAAUUCAUAUGACGGAAAAGGCACCAUCCUGGUGGGCGUCAUGCAGAAGGAGAGGAGGAGGAUGAAAAAAGAAGGAGUGGACCUCCUCACUAUAGGAUACGCCGUCUAUAAAGCGCCUCAAUAUGUAACGGGAACCUUGGAUCGGAGAUUUUUUGAGACCAAUGCAGCCGCUGCCAAGUCUUCCGUCUUCAGCAAUCUGCGGGAGGUCUCGGACCACCACAGGCUACCACCGGGCGACUUCAUCGUCGUGCCCUCGACCUUUGAACCGAACGACGAGGGCGAUUUUAUAUUGAGGAUCUUCAGUGAGAGGGAGUAUAAAGGAUCAGAACUUGACGAUACGAGCGGAGUCGUCGAUAAGGAUGCGGCUAACAUCCCAAAAACUCCGGAAGACAAGGCGAGCAAGGAUAGGGCGAAGCAAGGUUUCCUAAAUUUAGCCGGAUCCGACGGAGAGAUAGAUGCUUUUGAAUUGCAAUCCAUCCUCAAUCAAUAUUUUAUGAAAGAGUUUGACUUCAAAGGCUUCAGCAUCGAUCUGACGAGAAGUAUGGUGGCCAUGAGAGAUUUUGAUUUCUCUGGCAAGCUGGGCUUCGAAGACUUCAAGGCGCUGUGGACCGAUCUGACGAUAUGCAAGAGGGCGUUCAAGUUGGCUGACCUUGAGAAUACGGGUUGCUUCAACAGUUUCGACUUCAAGACCGUCCUAACUAAUGUCGCGUGCCAAUCAAAAUGCGGCAUUCCAGGAAUGCGAAUCAGUAACGCCACCUUGAACGCUAUCAUUGUGAGGUACAGCGAUAGAGAGGGCAAAGUACGAUUCGACAACUUUGUAGCCUGCUACGUUAAGCUGAAGACACUAUUUGAUACUUUCACAAAGAAAGAUCCAAAUAACCAAGGCAAGGCGAACUUUUCCACCGAAGAGUUCAUCGUUAUGGCUCUCUACUCGUAAGACAAAAACGGCUUGAUGGAUGAAAGGAAGAACCGUGAAUGAUCAAUGAAAGAAAGAAAGAAAAUCAUGAUCAUGAUUUAUUUUUUUUAUGAUUUUAUAAUUUUAAUUACUCAUUUGUUCACUAUUAAAAAUGCUGAUGGCGUGAUGAUUAUGAUGGUGACGAUGAUGGUAUUGAUUUCAAUGAGGAUGAUGAUGAUGACGUCGAGGUUGAUGAUGAUAUAUUUUUGAAGCUAUUCAUAACUGGCCUUCGAAAUCUCUAAAUUUUUUUUAAAUCUGAAAUAUUGUAAAUAAACAAAUAAACCCAGCAUAGAUGAAUAAUAAUUAGAAUUUUAUUUCUUUAAAUUUUAAUUAUUAUUCUUUGUUAAUAUUCAUCUUUGUUUUUUCAUGGGGUUUUUACUUCUUAAUUUUUUAACCUGUUUUCUGUUCUUUGUUUAGAUAAUUUAUAAACGUUUUAUUAAAUUGUAAUAUAGCAUAUUAACAUACAUGGGCAACAAACAUAGAACUCUCUCUCUCUCUCUCUCUCUCUCUCUCUUAUAUAUAUAUAUAUAUAUAUAUAUAUAUAUAUUCAAUGAUAUUUACGAUGAUAAUAUUAAUAAACGAUUUAAUACUGAUAACAACAUAAUAAUAAUGAUGAUGAUGAUGAUGACGACAAGAUAGAUAAUAAUAUUAUAUUAAUAAUAUUAAUGAUUAUAUUAAUUAUAAUUAUAUAUAAUUAUAUUAUAUAAUAUUAAUGAUAAUA